AUGUGUCCGCGCUACAAGCCGAGCAACGUGACGCCGAUCCCCGAUGGCUCUGAUCCGUCCGCGUGCCCGCGCAGCAUCCUGGGCGUGUAUGAUGACCGGGACUUCGGCUGGGCGCACGGGUACAAACGACUGAUGCACAAGGACCCGCUCAAGACCGUCUUCCUCGAUGCCCUGGGCGCGCCCAAAGAGGACCCGCGGCGUGACCGCGGAGAUGGCAUCCAGGCUGUGUACCACCUGAACGAGGCGCUGCCAGGUCAGCAGAUCGACGUGUUCCUAUUGGACGAGCGGUACUACCGGGAGAACCUGCCAUGCCACGUGCGUCGGGAGUUCUGCACCUCUGUUAUGGACCUUGACAGACCACAUAGCUGGCGCUCGUGGUGCGGGGACUUUCUAGGGCGGGAGGUGCCUCGGAAUCGGUGGUCGUGCUGUGACAAGGACGAGAAACUCUUCCAAGAGCAGCGUGGUGCGGGCACGAGGCGCACCGCAACCACUUGCUGUGGGAGGAGACUUUUGUCUCUCAAAGCAACCUCCAAGGCCCUCUCUCUCCCCCUCUCCUCCUCCUCCCCCCUCUGGCACAGAGCAGCGUGGUGCGGGCACGAGGCGCACCGCAACCACUCCCUGUGGGAAGAGGCGUGCAGUCCAGCUCACGAUGCAUUCGGAUCGCAGAAGAUCAGCGUGCGCAAGAAGGGCAAGGACCCUGCGCUCUGGGACAUAUACAUAGAAGAGCAACCGGAGCCGCAUAACUCGCAGUACUGUGAGGUGCUGGGGCGGCAGCAGCGCCUGUGGCUGCAGGAUGAGUUGCACGACUCGAAUGCGCCCAUCAAGGUCAUUGUCUCGCCCUCGCCGCUCUUCACGAAUCCGCUGCCGCAGCCCUGCUCGCCGUUCCCGAAGGAGCUCUCCACUGCUGCCACGCUUACCGGGCCGUAUGGGUCCGAACCUCCUGAUGAACCGGAUUUUGCAGGCUCGGCAGCAGCAGCAGCAGCAGCAGCACCUUCUGGUGCCAAUGGUUCGGUUUCCGAGCCUCCUUCUACGUCCGUUCCGCCUGUGGCGCCGGUUACGGAGGACCCAGUUACCAACGUAACACAGUGCACAUGCUCGGGGGACGAUUGGGAGUGUUACAAGCCGGCACAGCUGCACUUUCUGGAGAUGCUCUCGCGGGUCGAGAAGGGGUGUGUGGUGCUGCUGACAGGGGACAUGGGGUACUCAGACAUCAAGGUGUUCCGGCCGGGUCCAGGGCGGGCAUACACGGAUCUCUACCGCAGCUCACAGCACUAUCGCCCCAUCUACCAGGUCAUGGCAAGUGGAUUGACAAGGAGACCACGAAUAGACACAUCCUGCAGUCCAGGCAACGCGUGGACGCAUGACCCGCUCAAGAUGCGGCACCCCUCCGAGUGCUCCAUUGCCCCUGCCCCCUCCUUUGGCAUGGUGGAGGUGGAUUGGGAUAGAGAAAAGUUGGUGAAGCUACAGGUGAGGGACGGGGAUACGACUGGGUACGCAAGCGCCGUUUAUCCGCCCACAUGGCUUCCGAACACGCCUGCUGGGAGCGGCGGGAUUUUCCGCCGGGAGUACGGUUCGCGGGAGUUAGAUGUUCGGGGGCGGCGGGGAUUGGCGGCUGCCGCAGAAGCUGCGCCAGCGGCGGAUGCGGACGAGGUGGCGCGGAUGGCGGAAACUUCUGCGGAACGUACGCCAGAGGCUGCGGCGGCGGGGGGCGGGGCGCAGACCCGCGCAGAGGGCGGUGGGCGGAAGGGCGGGGGCAAAGGCGGGGGAAGCGGGUGGUGGGAGGCGGAGGAGAGGCGGCGACAGAAGCGGGUGCCGGCGUGGGUGUUUGGGGAGUUCGAGCAUCCCAUCCGACGUGGCGGCCUGCCGUUGCACGCGUGGAUCGCGUUCAAGGUUCUCAAAGAUGCCGGUUUGGAACCCUACCUGGUGGGCGGGGCAGUGCGCGACCUCUUUUUGGGCCGAAUUCCCAAGGACGUGGACAUCAUAGUGGACGCGUCACCCGCCCACGUGGCACGCGUGUUCCGCGAGCGCAAGUUCCGCCCUGUCGUGAUUGGCCGCCGCUUCCCCAUCUGCCGCGUCUUCCUCAAAAACUCUGUCGUGGACAUUUCCAGUUUCGACAGUGAGCCAACCGCGGUGAUUCCCCCUGCUGUGCCCUCGAAAGACGAUGUACUGUUGGUAGCACCCGCCGCUCAGCCCCCCUCUGCUUUAGAACCAGAACAGCUCGCAGCAGCAGCAACAGCAGCAGGGGAGGAUGGGAGCACAGAUGGGACUACAAACGGGGCACAGGAGGCAGGGGGGUUUGGAGAGAAGGAGCGCUGGGAGGAGGUAGAUCUGGUGAAGGUUGUAUCUGUGGAGACAGAUGGAUGGGCGGAUGAGAAGGAGGAUGAGGAAGGGGAGGAAGGGGGAGGGGAGAGGGCAGAAGGGGGUGCAGCAGAAGUAGUGCAGGAGGGGUUGGGUGAGGAGGCGGGGGAUGUUGCUGCUGCACUUGCUGCUGAUGCUGGCAUUGCUGGGGCUGCUGCAGCAGCAGGUAUUGAUGGUGCCGCUGGUCAUGCCAGAACAGUUACUGGUUCCACUGCUGCUGCUGCUGCUGCUGCUGCUGCUGCUGAGGGUACCAAAGCCAGUGGCGCUGCUGCAAGGGCGAAGGCGAGUCAAAGCGAGUCAGACGAGGCUCAAGUGGAUUGGAGGAGCGUGGCAGUGCGGCCAGCGGUGCAGCGGCAUGCGUAUGUGUGGUCGGAGGGCGACGAGCGGCGCUGGCGCAACGCCAUGAAGCGCGACCUCACUGUCAACGCCCUUUCUCUGUGCUCGUCUGUCCUCGUCUGUCCUGCUGCCAUCAGGUGCGAGUCAUUGGCGACACGCGAGCCAGCUUCCAGGAGGACCCUGGACUUGAAUGGUCUUGAAUGCCCGGGUAACCUGCAGGACUUGAAUGGUCUGCUGAACAACCUGCCUGUCCCCUCCCCUCCCCUUAAAUGGGCCAUUCGCCUGGCGGCGCGGCUGGGCUUCCGUCUGAGCACGGGGGUGACCCGGGCUCUCAAGGCGCCCUCCACCCUGCCCGCCGUCGCCACUCUACCUCAGUCUCGCAUGCAAAUGGAGCUGGUGCAGAUGAUGUCUCACGGCGCAUCUGAGCCGUCCGUUCGCAUGCUCUGGCAGUUCAACCUGCUCCCUCUGCUGCUGCCAUCACAGGCGCAGUACCUGCGGGCAAAGAAGUUUUCUCAGAAGGCGAUGACAGACCGCCCCGACCUCAUGUUUGGUCCGGCCUGGCCGAGUGAGGAGAAACCGAGCCUGACUGGUGAAGGCCGGAGGGAGAAGGAAAGCAGGUUUGGCCCGAAGCAACAGGAGGGACAGGUAGGAGAAAUUUGUAGUGAUGGAAGCAUUGGAGGAGGAGAGUACGUGGGAGGAGGGCAGUGGGCAACAGAGGGAAGCAAGGGGAUGGAAGAAGAAGAUUGGGAGGGAUUCAGGGAGGUGGAGUGGAGAGGGGAGGAGGGGAUGGAGGGGAUGGGGCGAGGGGAGGUGGCGAGGGCCGUGAGGGGGGCUGUGGGGGCUCUGAAGGCGAGGAGGGAGGCCGUACUGCAGGAGCUGGCAGCUGUGGAGGGGCAGCUGGGGGAGGUGGUAUCUGAGAUGAUGCUUCGAGGAGGGGGAAUCGGUAGGUUCGCUGCUAGACUUGAGGAGGUAGGAGAGGGGGGAGGGGAGGGAAAAUGGGAGGGGGAUGGGGAGAAGGGGGAGACACAGGAGCGUAAGCAAGCGAUAGAGAGUUCGGGGUUACUUCUUUCAGGAGAGGGAGGUAAAGGAGAGGCAGAGGGUGGAGGCGGGGCAGCAGCACAGGUGUUGACGCCUGACUUGGCAUCAGCAGUGGCCGAGAGCCUGGCGAGGGUGCGGGCGUGGGGGCAGCAGUGGCACGAGGAGCAGCAGAUGCUGACCGAUGUGAGCCGGUUGCUGGUCGCUCUGGAAGGCACGGGAGGGAUGGGUGCAAUGGGGGCAGUGAGGACGACCUGGGGGAGAGGAGGAGGAGGAGGUGUGGGAGUGGAGGGAAGGGAGGGGCAUGAGGGGAAGGCGGGGGAGGGUAGAGGGGGUGACGAUGUGGUGGCAGGGGCAGAGGAAGGCUCUGGUGGUGAUGGUGUGAGUGAUGGUGGUGAGUGUGACAGUAGUGAAGGGGAAGAAGGGGCGGUGUCUGCUGCUGCUGAUGCUGCGGGUGAUGAUGCGCAUGGCAGUGGCAGUCAGCGGGCGGCAAGAAGGAAGAAGAAUGCAUGGAGGCUCACCACAGAGGAAGAUAUCAUCCGGGCGGCAUCUCUUGUAGCAGUGAGGGCAUCACAGCAAGUGCACCACAUGGUGGACGACAGGCUGCUCUCAGCCACACUGCAUGACCUCACCGGAUUGGAGCGCCACGACAAUGUGUUCAUACAGUACAAGGUGGCGCAAUCCACUCAUCAGCUUUUCCACGAAAUCAUAUGCAAGUCGGAGGUUAAUAAGGACGAGCAUGCACUAUUGCACUUGAAGUCCAAGUCACUCCAAGUCCUUGAGGAUGGUCUUGAAGGCUGUGGUGGAGAUGAUCCACGUGAUAUAGAGCAAGUGAAGGAGCUGCUUUCUCCGAUGAAGCAGGAGCGGUUUAGUAGCAUCAAGUUUGAUUUGAACGAGGUGGCCUCCAUUCUGAAAAGCAAGCCCGUGCGUGGUAGUUGCGAAACGGGUGGUGCGGUGCGGGCGGAUGUUCCGAAAUCAACGUUUGAUCCGUCCAUGGAGAUUGACUUGCAGCAGCCUCUUGCUGCCGGCGGUUCUGCCGGUAGCGCUGACGUCGUCCGUCUGGUCGCGGCGGAGCAUCAACGGAUUCUGAACGCCUUCCGCACUGCCCUGGAGUCCCCGCUCCCCCCCAGCCAGCUGGCGCUGCCAACCCUAGCGGAAGCGCUGCAGCUGGGGGGGAGUGCGGGGAGCGGUGGGGGAAUUGGCAGCGCAGCCACAGGGACGACCUUGCCGAAGGAAGGCAAGCUGACAGCGGAGCAGAACCAGCUGCUGGAGAUCGGCCUGCGGUCGCUGCUGCAGAGCCUCGUGGUGAGAAGGGCUGGUGUGAGGUGCUGUGCGGCGGGGCGAAUGGAAGGCGGGGUGGUGUUCCAACUCCUAGAGGAUCUCAUGGACCAGUCUCCAAUUGCAGACUGCCACCUCGUCUUCUCCUACAUCGAGUCCAAGCAGCACGUGCUCGCCAAGGAGCACAUACUACAGCGAGGCAAGCUGGUGCUGCUGCGUGCGUGCAACCAGCUCGUGCGACGGCUGUCCAAGGCGAACGAUCUGGUGUUCUGUGGGCGCGUGCUCAUGUUCCUCGCAUACUUCUUCCCCAUCGCUGAGAAAUCAGCGGUGAACAUCAAGGGCGCGUUCAACACGUCCAAUAAGACCGACUACGCUCGAGAGGCCCCCCAGGAUGCUGGCCCUCUCCUGGACUUCAAGUUCUACACCACCUUCUGGAGCUUGCAGGAGUAUUUCAGCAACCCGGCUGUAGCACUACCCAAGUGGGCCGUGUUCUCGUCACACCUGUGCACCGUUCUCGACACCUUCGAAGCGCAGCCCCUGGGCACCGACGUUGAUGCAGGGGCAGAGGCAGGGACGGGCGCAGGGGACGAGGCAGGCGCAGGGGCAGGCGAAGAAGGAGGAGCAGAGGGAGCAGGUUUAGGAGCAGGAGGGGCCAGGGAGGGAGGAGAGCGGGGAGCAGGGGGAGCAGGGGGGGUGGGGGAGGCGGUGGGGGAGAUGCUGGGGGCGUACAGCAUGAAGUAUCUGACGAGUACGAGCCUGCUGCAGCUGGAGCUCAGGGAUGGCAGCUUCCGCCGCCAGUUCCUCGUGCAAUGCCUCAUCUUGCUGGAGUAUCUUAUGAUUCCAGGGAAGGCAGAGAAGGACGAUAAGCGAGAAGCCAUGAGGGCGGAGGCCCGGGAGUUUGAGGCGCGGGUGAAGAAGCUUCUGAGAAGGUUACCGCCGGGCGGCGAGGACUUUCUGACGUCUGUGGAGCACGUGAUGCGGCGAGAGAAGCACUGGGUGGCAUGGAAGAAGGAGGUGUGUCCGCCCUUCGACCGCCCCCCAGCUGACCUCACUCCCCGCCGCGACCCAACACCCAAACGGCCGCGUUACCUGAUGGGGAACAAGGAGCUGGAUCGGCUGUUUCGAUGGGCUGACAAGCACCCUGAUGCCUUGACGGACCCAGAGCAGGUGGCAGUGCCGGCGUUUCGAGACUUCAUUCAACCGCUGGCUGAUGAUAUGGACCCGGAGAAUUGCAUAGAGGCGGAGUACCACAGGACCAAUGACAAGGUCUUCUGCUGGAGGGCCUUGCGCCUCGCUGCACGGUCCGACAUCGAGGCCUUCAACAGGUUUGGCGAUCUGGGCAUGGAGGGAGUGGUGCCACCGGACAUGCUACCAGACGAGGUGCGGGUGAAGCUGCACAAGGGCAAGCCCAAGAAGGACUCGCACGGCGAUAGAGACGCGGUCAAAGACGCUGGGAAAGGAGCAGCUAAUAAAGAGGCUGUGGGCGAUGCAGGGAAGGAUGCUGCAGCUGGUAACGCCCUGCCUCCUGCACCAACUGCAGCUACGCCUGCCACUCCCCUGCAAGCCCCUGCUGCUGCUGGUGCUGUGGGUGCUACAACUGCCGCCGAUGCUCCAUCCACGCCUGUAGCGGCUGCUACGGCUGCUGGGACUCCACUUGCUGCUGCUAAGGGCCUGAGUGGUUCGGUGGGCAAGAAGACUGGUCCGGCUGUAGCGGCAGGUAGGGGGGAUGGGAAAGGGGAGGGAGGGGGUGAUGGGGAAGGCACACCCAGUGCAAAGGGGUUCGUGUUUGACCUCAACAUGGACGCUCCAGAUGGCUCCCCUGCUGCUGCUGCUGGUGCGGGUGCAAGAUCAACGCCUGGGAGUGCAGGUGGUGGUGGGUCAGGGAGGAAAGGGCGUGGAGGGGAGGUGAGUGCGAUGGAGGUGGAAGGGGAGAGGAAGGCAGAUGGGGAGGGAGAGGGGAGGGCUUCGGCUUCUAAGAAGCGGUCACGUAUAGAUGAGUGA